AUGUCUAAGAGCGGCAAAGGUGAGGAAGGAAGAACCGCCAAGAAGGCGGGAGAUAAGCAGUCCAAAAGGAGGCCUGAUGACAGGCCUGCCCAGAGGACAUCACCUGCGCGCAGGACAUCGCCAGCGCGCGGACCGACACCUGCGCAGCAGGCAUCGACAGCAGCGCGCGGGCCGACACCUGCGCAGCAAGCAUCAGGAGCGCGCAGAUCUUCACCUGUGCGCCACAGAUCGUCAUCGCACAGUUUGUCACCUGUGCACCAGACAUCAGCGCACAGAACUUCACCUGUGCGCCAUACACCGUCGGCGACCACACCACAAGAUGGGCGCCAAACUACAGCUCCUGCGCGCAGGUCAUCACCAGAUCGUCGUUUCUCCAGGAGCUCAGGGACUGUGACUGAAGAGCCUCAAGACACAACCCUUGUGGACCCAUCACCCGAUCUGUUUGAGUCUACAGGAUUAACAGAUGAGACUUUUCUUGGGUUUGAGGACAGCCGUGCAGACGUAUCCAGCCAGACCCUUGAAAAGUCUUCAGAUACGAGGACAAGUGAAGCUCCUGGAGCAGCGGCACCACAGGAUGGAGAAGUGGUGCCACGGACCAGCAGCGGACUAGCUUCGGGAAUUGGUUCCUACUACAGGCCGGAUCUCCUCCUACAGGAGUCGUCAGAGGAUGACGAGGUGGAAGUGCAGCAGGCUGCAGUUGCUACAUCCCUGUCUGCCCAAAUGCAAGUGGUGGCAGACGCCCAGGAAGGGCAGAAUCCCUCAACUGUUCAGAGGGUUCACACCCUGGCAUCGGAGAUUACUUCCCGCCAGGAUACCUACACAAAUGUUGUUGGAAGCAGACUGGACAACAUUGAGAGGACAAUAGUGAAGAUGUCAAACAGUCUGCUUGAAAUGCAGAAGGCUCUUGCCGACAGCACGGCCACAAUGCUACAGGUCAGAAUGGAAGAUCAUAGGGAGACUAUGGACGUCCUUCACAUUCUGGCCGGCUCGUGGAGAACACAACAUGUCUGGCACACAGCAAUAACAACAUGUCUGAGAGCCAUCGACAAUCCUCAUCCAGCCAACAGCUCAUCGCAACCACACUGCAGAUGAUCUAUGACAAGCUCCCAGAACCAGCUCAUCAACACGCUGGUGAUCCACCAUUUCCGCCGUCACAAGCCACAAGGACGCCUCUUACCCUUUCUCAACUACCAUCCCAGUACAGACAGUCACAGAUGUACCAGGGAUAUACAGGGAUGUACCCCACCCACCAGAUGCCUCCACCACCGGCCGCCACAUCUACAGCCGCAUGGGCACAGAGGCCCAGUCAACGUACUACCCAGCCUCCCAGGACAUCGACACCCCACACUCAGGAGGAACACCAGGAUCCGGACAGACUUCCACCAUAAGCCCGGUCGUAUUGUUUUAUUUACUUUAUAUGUUUUUCAUGUAUCCCUUUCUUCCCCUCCCAUUAGUUUUUUUUUUUUUCUUACUAUUGUUUUUUCUUUGUUGGGCUUCCCCACCAGUGACCGGGUGCUACCAAGGAGCUUUGUGUAGGCAUACAUGCGCGGGCAUGUAUGCGGGCGCGUGUGGUAACGGAUGAAAGCUCCUUGUGGCUACAUGUAUGAUGGGCCAAAGAGCAAUUCUGAUACCACUCUUUUACCCAAAAAAUCCUUUUUGUAAUGGUGUACAAUAGGCUUUCACUGUUGUGUGAAUUUACUAUUCACUAGUGUGUGUUUUUGGCUUAUUCAUAGGAUUGGGUGGAAAAUUGAAGUGGACGGCAUAAGUUCGUGUUGUGCGUACCAAGAUAUCUAUCUACACAAGAAAAGAAUAUAAAGAAUAACAAACUACUUUUUUGUUUUAUUACCUUUCAAUUUUUAUUUCAAUAAUCAAAU